AUGCCGCCUCUGGAGAUCACUGAAGAAAUGAUUGCCAAUGAAGCUGCUUCUAUUGUAGGAAGUAUGAAUUGUCCAUAUGCUGCUGCAGCAGGGAAAGCAGCAUCAGGGAAAGCAGCAUGCGUGGCGGCAAAAGGAUCAGAAUCGGCUGCAACUUCCCUUUUGGGACCUGUGUUGGUAGGAGGCGCUGUUUUGUUUGGAUCCUACUACCUUGGAACCAAGUAUUCUAAAUCAUCUAAAAUUGAACAAACUGCUAUGACCGUCGGAUGUACAUUAGGAGCGGGCGCAGCUGGAGCCUAUGUUGCUGCUAGAUUGUUUUCUGCCACCGCUGCUCCUGUCUUAAUUGGUGGUGCCAUAGUCGGAGCUGUUGCUAGUAACCGGGCUCUUGCUAUUGGAGACCUAGUUACCAAGUCAAAUGCUAAUAAUCAGGCAAUAAAGGCUUUUGGGGCGGCUAAUGAGAAGGCAAUUGCCGAUGUGAAGGAGGCUAUUGAGAAGGCAAUGACCGAUUUGAAGGGGAUUAAUGAGAAGGCAAUGACCGAUUUGAAGGGGAUUAAUGAGAAGGCAAUGACCGAUUUGAAGGCGGCUAAUGAGAAGGCAAUGGCCGAUGUGAAGGAGACUAAUGAGAAGGCAAUGACCGAUUUGAAGACUAAUGAGAAGACAAUGGCCGAUGUGAAGGAGACUUAUGAGAAGGCAAUGGCCGAUGUGAAGAAUGAAAAUGCCGAGCUGAAGAAAGAUCUAAAAAAUGCAAUGGAGACUAAUGAGAAGGCAAUGACCGAUAUGAAGGAGACUAAUGAGAAGACAAUGGCCGAUGUGAAGAAAGAGAUGCAAAACUUAAAG